GAAGGGUCAUGUGAUAGACACCCACCAGCUGACCGACCGACCAUUUUCAACGAGAAAAUAAAAGUUUUUCUUCAACUUGCAACUCCCAACUAAAGUUAACUAGCAACCAACAUGGCUCUUCACUCCGCAAUCAAGGGCAAACUGAUCUCUGUCAUCGGCGAUGAGGACACCUGCGUGGGUUUCCUGCUGGGGGGCGUGGGUGAGAUAAACAAAAAUCGCCAUCCCAAUUUCAUGGUUGUGGACAAGAACACUCCCGUGAGCGAGCUGGAAGACUGCUUCAAGCGGUUCCUGAAGCGCGACGACAUCGACAUCAUCUUGAUCAACCAGAACUGCGCCGAGCUCAUUCGCCAUGUCAUCGAUGCCCACACUUCGCCAGUGCCAGCCGUCCUGGAGAUUCCAUCGAAGGACCACCCGUACGACGCCAGCAAGGACUCGAUUUUGAGGCGUGCCCGUGGCAUGUUCAACCCUGAGGAUCUGGUGCGUUAAGCAGCACUUUGGCAUUGUUUGCAACCAUAGGAGUAUUGCAGUUACAGCCACCAAUCUAAUCCCCUACAUUUCGUUUAAUCAGCUUUGAGAUAUGUAUUAAAGACAAGUGUUAAAGUGGUUUUUGUUUUCAAAUAAAUAAUAUAUAUGUAUGUAAAACCGU